CUGGCGCUCGGCCUACUUCCGGGAGGAUCGGCGGACGCGGCGGACGCGGCGGCCGAGGCGGUGCGGGGCAGGCGUUGUCUCCGGAGCGCGAGCGGACAUGGCGGCGGCGUUUCGGAAGGCGGCGAAGUCCCGGCAGCGGGAACACCGAGAGCGAAGCCAGCCCGGCUUUCGAAAACAUCUGGGCCUGUUGGAGAAAAAGAAAGAUUACAAGCUUCGUGCAGAUGACUACCGGAAAAAGCAAGACUACCUCAGAGCUCUCCGGAAGAAGGCUCUUGAAAAAAAUCCAGAUGAAUUCUACUAUAAAAUGACUCGAGUUAAACUCCAGGAUGGAGUUCACGUUAUUAAGGAGACUAAGGAAGAAGUAACUCCAGAACAGCUGAAACUGAUGAGAACCCAGGAUGUCAAAUACAUAGAAAUGAAAAGGGUUGCGGAAGUUAAGAAAAUUGAAAGACUAAAAUCAGAGCUCCAUCUGCUGGAUUUCCAGGGGAAGCAAAAGAAUAAGCAUACGUUUUUUUUUGACACCAAAAAGGAAGUUGAGCAGUUUGAUAUUGCCACUCACCUGAGAACAGCCCCGGAACUAGUUGACAGAGUCUUUAACAGACCCACAAUAGAGACAUUGCAGAAGGAGAAGGUGAAGGGGGUUACCCAGCAGAUUCGACUGAAGCGAAUAGCUAAAGAAAGGCAAAAGCAGUAUAACUGCCUGACACAGCGGAUUGAACGCGAGAAGAAAUUGUUUGUUAUUGCACAGAAAAUUCAAACGCGCAAAGAUCUUCUGGAUAAAACUCAGAAGGUGAAGGUGAAGAAACAAACAGUGAACUCCCCAGCUAUUUACAAAUUUCAGAGUCGUCGAAAACGUUGAAGUGGUAUAGACAAGCUCUGUCAUUCCACACAGAAGAGAAUUCUCCGCCCCCCCCCCCCCCCCCCCCCCGUCACUUCACAUUCCAUUACUCUGAACAACAUGGUUUUUCCCAUUUGUAAACUUAAUUUAUUAUAGAUCUGUCUGACAUUUGAUACCUUUUUGUGAACAACAUUAAAGCCCCUUCCUCUGUUACUGUUUUUGGGGUGUGAAAUCAGUCUUAUUUUUGUAUGUUUUUUUUUUCCACAAUGAAAGCUAUAUAAUCUCAUUACGGCAAAUUUGGGGAAAAAAUGAAUUCAUCUCUAAUCCCAAUACUUACUGAAGUAUACCAAGCACUUAUGAGUGCUAGGAGCUAGGGUGUUGGAGGUGAACAGUAUUGUGAACGUUGUCGUUUAUUUCCUCCAUUCUCUAAAGGUAUGUACUGGUUUUUGCUUAUGUUUUUGUUUUGUAGUUGUAAUUAUAGCAAACAAUUUUAUAUCUUUUCUACUUAAAUUAGCCCUUGGAUUUUGCUGUGUCACUAAUUUUUUAAAAAGUAAUGUAUGUUCAUAGUAAAAAUUAAAAUAUU